AUGAGCACAGGUCCAUCAGAGAAACAAGCAGAGCAGAAGGUUUGCCGUGCCUUCCAGGCUUCCGAGGAAACCCACGGGACUCUGGCAGCCAUGGCCCCCUGGGUAGCUGUGGGCUCUGCCUAUGGCUCCUGCACCUGCCUGGGAGCCCAGCCUGUAACUGACCCGGCCCGGCCUGUCAUAGGGACUUCCUCUGUCGUCUACUCCUGGAUGGGAUGUUUUCCACAAGCUUACCCAACCUUCUGGACUUGCCCGUGGGUGCUGUAUAGUGGGUAUCUCUGGAUGGGGUAUCCCCCUCCAUCUGCCCUGUUGCCUUCAGUGUGGCCAUAUUGGAGGGGCACCUCCAGCGUUGACUCCCUCAUGAGAAGUCUGUACCUGGAUGCCUUGGCCCCCAACCUAUUUCCUGUCCCCCUGGGAUUCCCACCCAGCUACUCCUUGGCCUCUCCCACUCUGGGUGGGGCCAUCUCUAGCCACUGUCCCCAGGUGGGAUGCCAGACUCCAGCCAGCUCAGCCCCCAUGGCUGUAGUUGGGGAGCUAUCCAGAGGAGCUCCCUACUUGAAGAGAUGCCAAGCCCCUCCCUAAGAAUGGGCCUCCGGGUUCAGUAUUUGGGCACCUUUGCCCCACUGCAGCUCAGAGCUCCGCCCUCUGCCCCCUUCCCCCAUUGAAGAUUGUCAGUCAGACCCCGGCUGCCCCAGCUCCUCCUCCCCCUGGUCACCCUGCAGGGCCCGCCGCCGCCUCUUUGAGUGCUGA